GUAAAUCAGGUAGUUUGUAGUACUUUCAAUCAACAAAACGUUAUUUAGGAAUAAGCACCUGUGGAUAAAAUAUGACUUAAAAAAUGUUUAAUAUAAACCAAGCCUUAUGUUCUUCACAAAACAUGGCCAAAACACAAGCUCAUAAUGAAGAGUCUGUCUAUCUUACACUGUACUGGUGUAACAUCCAAUUGCCAAAGUCAACUGACCUCAGUGAUUUGGGGCUCCCAGGUCUCUACUGUAUCAGGCAGUAUCACACUUUGCCGAGUGCGUUAUCUAGCCUCCAUUCCAUGGUUUGCACUGAUUUUAACGUUUCUUUCUACUAGCACCCACACAAAAAGGCUCAUGGGUGAACUUUAACGCACAUUUCUGCUGAUUGAAGGUAUUCCGCUUACCCUUAACCUAUUUGACCUAUAGUUAGACAGAACAUACACAUCUAAAACACACAUUUUAUUCCCAAAAUAAUCUUAGAAUAAGACAGCUGUGCACUUCCAUUUAUCCAAAAAGCUCUCAUGUUUCAAACUAUUUUGUUCUUUCUUAGAUUUGAACCGCAUCUCACAGUCUGCAUUGGUGGUUUAUGAUUGCUAACUUGAUAUAAGAAAUGUGUCUCCUGUUACCCAAUCUGUGUUGAAAUAUGUUCUAUUGCAGUAUCUGCAAUGCUUCCAGCAUUUUUAUUAUUGCAUCAGAGAGGUCCGUUUGCAUCCCACACAGCAUGCUAUCCAAAAGUAAAGCAGGUUUUAAAAAAUGCUGGAACUGUAUGUUCAAAACUUGGACUCAGAGAUUGGGCACUCCUCUUGGUUAGCUCCUGUAUUUAAAAUCCUAUAAAUAGAAAGCCUGCUCUCAUUUUCAGAAUGAAACCUGUUUGACAGCCCUUUUUUUCUAGUUUGCUGUUUGAACCGAGGAAUGCUUUCUAAAACACUGACAUGAAAUGUCUAAGAACUUCAUUGCAAAACCCUCCUCUGACUGAUGAAGCUGGUUUGGUUUCCCACGACACUUAAUGAUAAAAAGUUUACCAAAAGUCCAUGCUGUCAGUAGAAUAAUAAUGUGUCCAUCAGCAGUCAACUUGCCUGACCGGCAUGUGCAGUGUAGGAGUUGUCACAUGUAAAUCUGGGCAUUCCUUACUUCCUUAUACUGACUAUAUCCUCUUCUAACUCCACACAUAUAAGCUGCAUUUGUUUUUAUACAUCGACACGCUCAUACAGCCUCAUAUCUUGAAUUAAGUUUUGGCUGUUCAAACUCAGGAGAAAACAUGUCCAACACAGGAUUUUCAACUUUUGCAUGCCUGUUUUUUGCAUGCUGCUUCUGCUACAGCAUAGCUCGGCCAACUAAACUCAACCAAGAGGCUUCAAACGACAGACCUGUGAUCGGUAUUUUGACUCAGAUGAUUUCAGAUACGGCCAUGAAACCCUUCGGGAAGACCUACAUACCUUCCUCAUAUGUGAAAUACAUCGAGUCUGGAGGCAGCAGAGUGAUGCCUAUCGGAUUGACUCUUACCACCGCUGAUUAUGAAUCGAUUUUCAGGAAGAUAAAUGGCUUGGUUUUCAUCGGGGGGGCAGUGGAUUUGGAGAAAUCUGACUAUGCCAGGGUGGCCAAGAUUUUUUACAGACUCGCUCUCAAGGCCAAUGAUAAUGGGGACUUCUUCCCCAUCUGGGGCACGUGCAUGGGCAUGCAGCUCCUGACUGUGCUGGUGGCCGGUAAAAGUCUGCUGGAAAAAACCACGGCUGACAACGUAGCGCUGCACCUCAACCUGACGUCAGAGGCCAACUCUAGUAAGAUGUUUGAGGGUUUCCCCCAAAAGCUCAUGAGUGCUUUGACCGAAGAACCUCUCACUGGCAAUUUUCACCACUAUGGACUAUCAGUAAAGAACUUUCAGGAGAACGAGCCACUGCGCAGUUUUUUCUCCCUUCUGUCUACAAAUGUUGCUGAAAACCAAGUCCACUUUGUUUCAACCAUAGAAGGUAGAAAAUAUCCCUUCUAUGGAGUCCAGUGGCACCCAGAGGUGAAUCGUUUUCAGUGGGAUAGAAAGCUUAACUUUCCUCACUCUGCUCACGCUGUCCAGUUAUCUUCCCUGCUCGCACAGUUCUUUGUCAAUGAAGGAAGGAGAAGUUUACAUCAGUUCGACAAUCUUGAGGAAGAGGCCUCGUCUCUGAUUUACAACGACACGCCUGAAUACGCUGGAAACUUCACAGGAUACGAACAGAUCUACUUCUUCUGAAAUCCUCUAGUAUCUGUCUCCUGUCCAUCUGUGAAUUUACAACAGAGACAUCUAUAUUCAGUCUGUGGUAGUUUUGAUCAAUGAUUGUUUUUAAAUUGCUUGAUUUCAAAAUACAUUUAUAUUUGUGUCACUCCUGAAUGUAGCUUGAUGGAAAAUGCAGGGUCUGUCUGUCCGUGGAAUUCAGAGGCAAUUAUUGUACUUUUUACUUUCCUACAUUUGUCUGACAGCUGUAGUAACUUUAAAUGUUUACAUUUUUAAUGCAAAAUAUAUUAAUCAUUAUAUAUACAAUGAGAUAUAUGGUACAAACUCAUAAGCUAUGCAGCAGAAUACUUAAGUAUUAGCCCUAGGACAUUUGAGUGAUGUAAACAUUAUGGAUCAAUCAUUUUAAUCUAAUAAUAUAUAUGAUUGUCAAAUAAGCACUUUCGUUUUUGGUACUUUAAUUGAUGCUAAUUCUAGUAUACUUUUGCUUCAGUAAAAUGUUUAACUUUCUCAUCACAAAGUCUGCAUACAGAAGCUGUUCUGCAGCUUUUAAAUGGGCCACAUGAUGUUGUCAUGUCAAAUGAUAAAAUGUCCAUUUUGUUCUAUUUUUACUUGACAUGAACUUCUCUUCCAUGUCAAAUUUGAGUUUGAAAGUUAAUUGUUGACCAUGGAAACAGCGGGUAUCAAAACAACCUCUCUUUAAAAUGCAUUAAAACAGUUAAAAGCUAAAUAAAUGUAAAACAAAGUCCAAUUGAAUCAUUCUGAGACUUUAUUUUGGUGUCUAGUCAAGGCUGGAUUACCAGGCAAGUUACAUAAAAAGCUUGAAAUGUA